CUAAAUCACAGUAUUUUGCUUUCAGUGUGAAAUAUGAGUUUCCGAGGAAGAUCAACAUACAGGCCUAGAGCAAGAAGAAAUGAUCAACCAUCUUCUCAUCUGGUUGUGCCUGUGGUUCAACCCGAGCCUGAUGAUGAACAAGGUCAACAAGAUGAGCCAUCAACUGGAGUUCAGGAUAUUACUCCUCGUCUGGGGAGAAAUGAGGGAGCAUCUGGUGUUCAAGGGCCCGAGGCGCAAUCUGCCAUCCAGGAACUAAGUGAGCCCAAGACUGGGCGUGAGCGUGGAGACGGUCCGGAUGUCAAGGGAAAGCAGCCACUGAACCCAGAGCACAUUAAACAACUGGAAGCAGGUGAAGGGCAACCAUAGAAUUAAAAGAAGACAAAGUGAAACCAAUGCAGACUGUUCUCGAAUUGGAAAUUUGUUAAAAUUCUUUCAAUAAAGUUUCACAGUUUUUC